AUGUCUCGAACGCAAGGAGCGUUGGGAUUUUCUGAGGACGAAGGUAGGGAGGUCUAUGUAUCAAAGGUCCAAGCAAAUAGACGAACGCCCGAUACAAAGUCACGGAAGUUAUAUCUGGAUGUGCGCUCCUUACCUAAGAAUUUGGAGAGUACUACUGAAGCACCAACAUAUACAAAGGAAAUAUUGUUUCAAUUAAAAGAAAGCACACCAAAUACGCCUCCAUCAUUUACCGAAGAUGCUUUGGUUGCAGAGAAAUUUCCUUCAAGUAUGGGAACAGGUCCCAUAACAGGUAUUCCUGAUCCUGCUACAAUUCAUGCGGCUAAGAAGAAAAGAGAAAUGCUGCGACAACGGGCAGCGGGUGGUGCUCCAGAAUACAUUUCAUUAUCAGAUGAGACGGACGUUAUAUCCAGUUCUGGGAAAAAGUUAGAGUCAAGGUUGGUACGUGAGGAAGAUGAAGCAGAUGACGUUGACGCUGACUUUGAAAAGUACGUGUCUGAGAGGUUGCCACUUGGCAAAAAAGCGAUGAAAGAGGAAGAGCAACAACGAAAGGCAGGAAUUGAAGAAGCGGUUCAAGAGUUCGAAUAUCAGGGAGAGGAAGAUGAGGAGGUAUUACAGUGGGAAAUGGAAGCCAUUAAAAAGGGUGGUAAUGUCAGCAAGAUAAAGACACCCAAGAAGUCCCAAGAUACACAAUUGUACAUUCCUGCUCCGAUACCAGCAAUCACACCAAUACCGAAUAUAGCCGAUUCCAUUGCACGUCUAUCCCAACAGAUGGACGAUUUCCAAGAUGUUCACAAAAAUCAACAGUCUGAACUGAUACAAAUACAAAAGGAUUUACAAAACUUGAAAUCCUCCAGGGAAGAAUUAGCUAGCCAAAUAGAAACAGCAAAAAGAAGCUACAAUUAUUACCAAGAAAUGAAGACAUUUGUUGAAAAUCUGGCAGAGUUCCUAGACGUUAAGCUCCCUUAUUUGGAGGAACUGGAAAAUAAGUUUCACAAUUUGUUGAUGGAUAGAUUACAAAGUUUGGCUAAAAUACAGACAGAUGGCGAGUCUUUUGACUCCGCAAUGGAAUGUAAAGGAUCCACAUUUCAGACCAAUGAUAUCUUGCAAAAAUUCAAGCACGUAGUUGGUGAGAUAGAAGUCUCGAAACAGAAGCUGUUUGAUGACGUGAGCGAUGAUUUCCGGUCACUUGAUAAUGUAAUGUCCAAGUUCGACGUAUGGCGGAGGGAGUUCGAAGAAGACUAUGGAAAUGCAUAUGGUGACCUUAGUUUAACGGGAGUGUUUGAACUUUACGUGAGAUAUGAAUUAAUAUCGUGGGAUCCAUUUGACCAAACAACUGUUGAUCCGAUAACUUCUACUAAUUGGUAUCGGGUUCUUUCUGAAUACGGAACAACUAAUUCUAACAAUGCCGACUCAAAUGAUAGAAAAAGCAUUAUAAUCGGAAAAGUAAUAGAUAAAAUUCUAAUUCCAAAAAUUAAUAGAUUAACUGAAGUAUAUAAGCCUUAUAACCCGGAUGUGGCGAACCGCGCUAUUGGCCUGACUGACUUGAUUAAGUCUAUCGUGUAG